AACAUUGCAAUCUUUUUUCCGCAUGUUUUCUACUUUUCUCCGAAAGUGAAGUUCAUUUAGAAACUUGAUUUUUUUCCCAUUCGGCGAUGGAAUAAAUAAUCAACUAGCGAAUGCUUGUUGUAUAACUCUUAUCUGAAAAGUAUAAAAAGUAACACGGUUACAUUUUUUGACUCGUAAAUGCCUACAGAACUCUAUCUUCCUCUACAUUUUGUUACGAGUGUUACAAUCGUUUUAAAAAACACUAGGCGAUUUGCAAGACUUUACAGAGCAACCACCAUCCAUCGAAUUUCGGGGUCCUCUGGGUUCUGAGGUUUUUCUUUCAUCCCUUCUAUAUUUAGCCUCUCGACUCAACAUUUCUCGAAAGAAUAUACAUUAAUCCUCUUUCGCUAACUGCACUAUCAAAUGACUAAAAAAAGUUGUCUGUUUCAUUCUGUUGGCAUAUUAAUCGUUCUUUAAACACCCUUGUUCUGAUACGUAGUGUUAUGACUAUAUUAUAUGUAUUAUGGCGACGUGUUUUUUCAGUUCUGUUCAAUUUUAAGGUGGAGAUACUGCAUGCUCAGCUGGUUUACAGGCUUUUUCAAUUGAUAAUGAAGAAUGACGCAGUUUGACAAAACAAAAAAUGAAGUUGAAAAUUCUGUUUUUACACUUAGGAUUAUAGAAGUUACGUCUGACAGGCCAAACACCCGUUCUACGACAUCAGAUGUGCUUUCACUCUUUGUCUUUCUGUCGAAAGUUUUUUUGUGCUGUAUCUUUUGUGUAGUAAGUAAAUCUUUAUCAGAAAAACCUUUAUAUCUGAUGAAGUAUGUUAACUAGCUUCUAACUAACGGGCAAUUUUUAUAGAAUUUCAGAAAUCACGUUCAGUAAUGUGGAAUAUUUUAAUAUGAGUCACAGUCAUGGAACAAAAAUGAGUAUAGUUCGUGAAAAGAAUUUUAAAUUUCACAGUGAACAACGGUUUAUAAUGAGAAUGAAGAUUAGAAAAGAGAAAAACGAUAAUAAAGUUAUGGGGUAUGUCCAGCAUUCGAUGUCCAAAAGUUCAGUAGUGACCGCUAAUUUAAUUUUUCCUAAUGAAUAUAAAACAACAACAGUUGUAAAUGCCAAUUGUAACUGUAAAUAUGACUUAUCAGACUAUUGUUCUCAUUUUUGCGCAAUACUUUAUCGGCUAGCGCAUUAUGAAACAUUACAUUAUAAUCUUUUAUCCGAUAACGAUUUUUGAACAACAGAACUGAAAAAACACGUCGCCAUAAUACAUAUAAUAUAGUCAUAACACUACGUAUUAGAACAAGGGUGUUUAAAGAACGAUUAAUAUGCCAACAGAAUGAAAUAGACAACUUUUUUUUAGUCAUUUGAUAGUGCAGUUAGCGAAAGAGGAUUAAUGUAUAUUCUUUCGAGAAAUGUUGAGUCGAGAGGCUAAAUAUAGAAGGGAUUAUGCGCUAUUUAUUUUGACUGAGAUGGCCAAGAGUGGCUGUAUUUCUUUAAAACUUCUUGAAAUUUUUUCUAUAUGAGAGUUCAAACAGUGUCAACCUAUUACGUUUUUAGAAUUUAAACUGCUCUUGAAUUUGAUGAAACAACCAUCCACUAACGUUGUUUAGUUUUUGAGAUGUAUAAUUUUUAAAAUAUGGACAAACUUGGAAUCGAGCUUUGAACGUAAAACCUGAUCUAUACAGCAUAUACCUAUCAUUUUCUAGAAACAGCUAGAGAAUGUUAUUAUAAGUUUACACAAAUAAUUUAAACUUUAACUUUCACAUUAUCACCGAGUUAUAAACAAAAUAAUGAGCGAGGAUAUAAAAAAAAAAUUGGUGAAUAUCCAGAUGUGAGUAAUCAUCGGUCCGAUAAAAAACCUAAAAAUCCCGGUAGAUGUGUCAUGUAGAAAAAACCUCAGAAUCCAGAAGACGCUGAAAUUCGACGAAUAGUUACUUCAGAAUGUAGAAAGCAAUAUUUGUUGCAAGUCGCCUAUUAAAUACAGUUUUUAGAGAUCAUUUUGAGCUUUCUUUUGACAAAAAGAAAAGUUUCGAAAAAUUAAUUCUCUCAGAAAAAAGUUCUAUUUAUUUUAGAAACUCCGUGAUACCGACUUUUUUAAUAUAUUCAUUCAUUUCUAAAAUCUCAAAGACAAUCUAAUCUGAACAGACUCCUAUGGUGUCAAACCGAAUUAACCUAUGUGAGUUAAAAAUAGAAAAAAAAUUAAUAAAUGGCACCCCGAAAUUUCUGGAUAGUCAGCUGAUUGGCAAAAACUGUUUACUCUACAGAAUAUUGUUCCGGACGUCUAAUAUUUUAGAAAAACAGUGCAUUUUGUACGGAAUUUAAUUCCCUACUGAACAGCAGAACUUUUAAUUUUUUAAUAGAAACUAGAUAGGUCAGGAGAUUGAAAACUAAAGUUUAGAAAUAUUUAAACUCAAAUUUUUGAAUUGAAAACUCAUUUUUUUCUGAAUUUUAAUGUCAAUUUUCGUGAUCAAAAUAAAAAACUGCGUUUGCGGAUGUGUUUCUGAGGCUGACUAAAGAAAAAAACGUAUAAAUAACUUCAGUAUCAAAGAAAAUUGCUACCACAAGAAAUAAUUUCGAUAUUCUAACGCAGAUUAGCAGGCGUUAAAAAAUUUUUUUUCCAGAAAAUUGCGCUUGAACGGGUUAAGUUCAAAAUAUCACAAAUACAAAACACAUCUUUUCCAAUAACACAUAAAUGUUCAGAACCCUAUUGGGGAUAAGUCCCAUUACAAACAGUACAAUAGUUCAUUCCGUAAUGGAUCUCAUUUGAAUUCCACAUGGGUGCACCUAGCUACUCUCGCAAUAGCCUCCAAUUGGUAGGCAGUAACGGGUAAACCAGAUGAUGCAAACAUCUAACACUGUGUGAUGCUGUUACUUUUGCACUGUAAAGUCGGAAAUUAUUUAUAGAAAAUGCUCAGCGAUCUUCAAAAAGUACAUAUACGAAAGUUUCCAGAUUAUAAAAUAUCGAAUUUCUAAGAAAGCUGGGAAAUCGAUAUCGAUUUUCUAUUUUGUUGGAAAUUAUUUAUAGGAAAUCCAGCUUGACCUUCCAACUUUCUUGAAAAUCCAGCUAGAUUUUCUAGAAUUUAGAAAAUCCUUAGUGAUUUUAUAUAUGGACUUUUCAAAAAUCGAAAAGUCGCAUUAUUUUCUACUUUCUAGAAAAUCACUAACGAUUUUCUAAAUGAAGAGGAAGAACAACUUGAGUGAGAAUGCUGAUGAUCAGUGAUUUGCAAAUAUUAUGCAAUACUGUAACAUGUUUAUUUUUAAUAUUUUUUUUUCUGCACCACUCACUGAUACCCUUUAAUAUAUCGUUGUACAAUUACAGCGUGUUUCAAAGCAAAAACGCUUUUUUAUGAAAAUAAAUCCUACACAAAGUUUUUUAGAGACUCGGACUUUGUGCAUAAUAAACGGUAUUGAUCUUUACCGCCCUCUUGCGACAUUGAACUAAUUAGAUCAUAAUGGAGGCCUUUUGUAUAUAUUUGAUUGGUGUGAAAAUGGUCGAUUAUUUAAAACAAGCGAACGUACUUAUGACCGUCUCACAUACGACCAAAAGAAUAGCUUUCUGUUAUUUCUACUGUAGUAUGAUAAUUAAAUUUUCAUUCAUUUGAAUCAGUUAAUUAAAUCUUUCACAAGGAAAGAGGAUGAAAACUGCAAUGACAACUUGUCUAUUGUGUCUUUAGUUUCUUUGUGAACGGAAUGAAUUCAAGAAGUCCUUGAAUGUGUUUUUUUUAUAUCGUUCUGGAUAUUACACAAAGUGUCAUAAAUAUUUCUUUUUUAUAGAUAAAACAAUGACAACUGAAUUUGUUCAACAACCGUACAGUGGAGGAAUUCAUGUUGGUUAUGAUGCUGACAGUUUUGAUAAUGAUACAUUGAAUGAGAAUCGUUCAGGGUAUGAUCCAAACGAUGAAUAUUAUAAUCAACAACAACAAUACGUCUAUAGUAAUGAAGAUAUAAAUUAUGGAGAAGACAACGACAUAUCAACAACUGAUCAAUUACAAAUACAAAAUCCACUUUCAACAUCAUCGAUAAAAAAUUUGAAUCAAUUUAGUGAAGCAAGUGAUAAAACACCAUCGAAAAUGAGGAAGCCAUCGAAAAAGAAAGAAUCAAAGAAACAACAGCAGGCGCUUAUUGCCAAUGAAGUUGAUCAAGUCGAAGGUAACGAACAAAUAUCUCAAAAAGCAAAGGAUAAAUUAAUCAAAGAAAAAGAAAAACAGGAACGUCAACGUCUAAAACAAGAAGAAAAAUUAAAGCGACAAGAAGAAAAACAACGAAAAAAAUCGAAAAGUAGAACGAGAGAAUCCGUACCAUAUAUUGAAGAUCAAGCCAAUAUUCCUCAACGUUAUGAUGACGAUUAUCGACAGCCGCAACGCCAGCAAAAUGAUCAACAUGAAGUUGAUGGUCAUGAGAGAGAAUAUUAUCCUAAUCAACACCAAAAUGGCUACCAUAACAAGAAUGAGAGGGCAACGAUAAAACAGUCAGACGAUAAACAACGCUCCAAUUCAUCAAGACUAAGAGCAAAAGUUGUGAUGUUAGAUGAUACUGAAGAAUUGAUCGAUUAUGAUAAAAAUGACAUUGGAAAAGACUUUUAUAACCGUGUGUGUGAUGUAAUGCGUUUAGAAGAAAAAGAUUACUUUGGUUUAAUGUUCUUAGACAGUCAAAAUAUGAGAUUAUGGUUGAAUAAUAAUAAACGUGUUCGAAGUCAAUUGAAAGGUGUUGAACCAAUUUUUUAUUUUCGAACAAAGUUUUAUCCACCAGAACCGGCUUUACUUCAAGAAGAUUUAACACGAUAUCAGUUAUGUCUACAACUACGCCAUGAUAUUUUAUCUGGAAAAUUACCAUGUUCAUUUGUAACUUAUGCGUUACUUGGUUCAUAUACAGCUCAGGCUGAAUUAGGUGAUUAUUCUGAAUUCGAUCACGGCCAGGGUUAUGACUAUUUAAGAGAUUUACAAUUUGCUCCAACACAAGACGAUGAACUCUUAAGGAGGAUUGCGGAACAACAUAAACGACAUAAAGGUCAAGCACCUAAUGGAGCUGAUUUACAUUUUUUGGAGAAUGCUAAAAAAUUAGCAAUGUAUGGAGUGGAUAUUCAUCAUGCACAAGAUUCGGAAAAUGUUGAUAUUAACAUUGGUGUAUCAGCUAAUGGUUUAUUAAUUUAUCGUGAUAAAUUGCGAAUCAAUCGAUUUGCAUGGCCCAAAAUAUUGAAAAUAUCUUACAAGAGAAAAUAUUUUUAUAUUAAAUUAAGACCGGGUGAUUUUGAUCGCUAUGAGAGUACAAUUGGAUUUAAACUUCCAACGUAUAAAGCAGCAAAAACACUAUGGAAAAUAGCUGUUGAACAUCAUGCAUUUUUUCGUUUACGUAAACCGGAAGAAAUACGUAAAAAAAACGUGUUACCACGUUUCAAUUCAACAUUUCGUUAUACUGGCACAUACACCUAUCAUCAAGCAAGACAAUUAUUAUUAGAGCGUCCGGCACCAGAUUUUGAAAGAUCUUUGAGUAAAAGAAUGACAAGAAGUUUAGAUGUUUUAACACCUGAUCAAAGAAAAGCUGGUGAAAAUUAUAGUCCAAAUCGUCCUCAAAAACCUGUUAUUAACCAGAAUCGUUUGCCUGAUCAACAUCAAUAUUCUCAUGGUAAUUUAGUUCGUCCAACAAGCGUUGAUCCACUCAAUGAUCAACAAACUCUUCCAAGACGACAAUCACCGGCAAUCGUUCUACCUCAACCAAAUGGUUCUCGUGACGAUUAUCUUGAUAGACACAAUGAAUCUUAUUUUCCAUCAUCAAGAGAAAACGUACAACCGGCAACUUAUCAUGAUCCGGAAUAUGCCCAUGUUAGUAAACCAACGAAACCAACACCGUCAACAUUGGAGAGAGAUGAUAAAAAAUCAGGUCAAAAUGGAAUACCGCCGGAAUUAAAACCAAAACGACCACCUGUUCUUCCACCGACGUAUGCGAAUGUUAAUGGUCAAGAUGUACAACCAUCAUCUCACCAUCCGCAAUAUCCUGUGGAUCAUGACGAAGCAUUGCUAACAGCAAUACGUUUAGCAACUGAUCUUGAUCCCAAUAUGCAGGUGGAGAAAGUCGUUAUUACAAAUGAGCAUUAG